UCUGUGCCUGCCGACGCGCCUCUCCUGUGCAGCCCCCCCUCAAGAAGAGCCUUUUUUCUUUAAAAAAAAAAAAAGAAACCUUGGAAUUUUUUUUAAAGGGAGAAGGAUCUGCAUAAUACCAGUGAAGUGGAUAAAAGCGCACGGUUGGGUUCUUUUUGCGUUCUCUCUUGCGUUUUCUCCCCUGGUGUCUGAAUGAAACAGGGAGCAAAUACAUGGGGGGACGGGUCGGCGCAGGUUCUGCUCUGGGAGUCGAUCUGUCAGCGUGAUUUUUGAGUAAACAUGUUUUGCCUUAACUUUUAUUUCUUCACAAACUGAGGAACUCCACUCUUCUUGCAUCGCCGAGUUCGUUUUUUUCUUUUUCUUUUUUCUUUCUCGGAACGAGGAGGUCUAGGGUGUUUUUCCCCCUUCAGAGACACUGACUAAACUUUCUACGUUUAAAAAAAUAAAUAAAAAGAUCGGAUUGCAUUUUUCCCCCUUCAAGCAUUUCGGAGGUGAUGUCAUCGUGCAGUGUUUUGGCAGGUAUUGUGUCGGGAGGGCGCAGAAAGGACUGCUGCAGCCAGGCAGCGACCAGCGGCUGAGGAACGCGGGGAAGUCCGGAAAAAUCAGUCUCCACAUAGUCCUUUGAGCUGGACCGCUCCGGGACCUUAUCACCUUAUCCACCUUCACACACUGCCGGGCCGGUGUCACCUGAGCCGCGGAGCCGUUGAGCAAGCCUGGGGGCGCAGACAUGACUGAGGUGGUCCUGCACUACCCUGCGCCCGCAGAGCCCCCUUCUCCAGGUCGCUGUUUGCUCCAUCAGCCAACCCAGGUAGCCCACAUCCAUCAGCUUUUGACCACGCGCCGCUCGGACUAGACCCUGCCUCCGGUUCCAGCCCGUGUCAGGAUAAAACACUCUUUGCUUUGGCCAACCUCGCAUCGUUCAUUUUUUGGGUCAAAUAAAAGCCCGCCGCUGGGGCUGAAACGUUACGCGUUGGAUUACACACACGCCACAUCUGCCGGCAGGGGCCAAGCAUCACUUUGGGGUUCAGCGAGGUCGACUGAUAUUGGCCGUCGGCGACGCGUGAGCGCGCUUUCACCUGUUUCUUUCGCGGGUACGCGCAAGCGUGAGCCUUCUCAAGUCCGCACCGUUGGCUCCCCCGCCCACCCGUCCCACCACCGGUCUGGACAGCUGAUAAAGGUUGCCCGGCGGUCACGGCGAUACAGUUACCCCGGCGUCACACACACACCUCCAUAGCCCUCACCGGGGAAACCGGGGCCCAUCGCCGCCGAUGCCAACAGGAGUGGCCGCUAACCCAUUGACUGUGCACAACAUCCACCGGAUUCAAAACACAGAGGGGAACUCUCCGGACUUUUGGACUGAGUCCGGCCAAGCGACGAGACUGUCUCUGGGACAAGUUUCAUAGUGGAGGGGGGAAGCAAUGUGGCCCCUUCUUUCCACGCUGACCGUCUUAUGUAUCCAGAUGUUGCUGGUGAUGUGCAAUCCAUUGCAGCAGGUACUCGGCGUGGAUGGAGUCAACUUCAGCGUGCACGUGGAGAACCAGACGCAGGUGCGAGACACCAUGAGUCGCAGACAUCACAGAGUCUACCAGCUCUACAGCCGCACCAGCGGCAAACACGUUCAGGUGCUGGGCCGGCGGAUCAGCGCUAGAGGAGAAGACGGAGACAAAUAUGCCCAGCUCGUAGUGGAGGCAGAUACCUUUGGUAGCCAGGUGAGAAUUCGGGGCAAAGAAACCAAUUUCUACCUGUGCAUGAACCGACGUGGGAAGCUGGUAGGAAAGAAGGCCAGUAACCGAAGUGCCGACUGUGUCUUUGUGGAAAAGGUUUUGGAAAACCACUACACGGCUCUGAUGUCAGCACGCUAUGCAGGCUGGUAUGUUGGCUUCACUAAAAGAGGGCGUCCUCGCCGUGGGCCCCACACACUCCCUAACCAGCAGGAUGUACACUUCAUGAAACGCUUCCCACCCGGGGAGCAGCCUGACCUCACCACCCCCUUCCGCUUCACCACCAUAAGCAAGCGUGGAAAGAGGGUGCGUGCUACUGGACCCCGCUAGUGUUUAUUGCUAGCACCCGCUAACUUGUCAUCCUCCAGCCUGCCAAUGGCUCACCCAGUCAUCUUUCAUGUCACACACGACUGAUCAUCUCCUGCUUGUUUGGAGAAAUAUUGACCAGAAAGUUGAUGAAUCAUUCAUGGGGUUUAGCUUUACGCAUCCUAAUGUGCCACUACAAGCCCAGAGUUAGUGAUAAUUUCUCCUAGUUUCUCUUUUGUUCCCUUACUGCACCAACUGGACUAUAAUUCAAUCAGUGCUGGAAGAUCCUUGGACCUGGUCUGCUUUCCUUUAGAGGCCAGAAGUAGAUACAGAGAAGCUGAACGCCAGUCAGAGUCACAGGCUCUACAGAGGCUUUGAUUCUACAGCCACAGGGACCACCAGACCUUUAUGUCUCCCAUUCUUGAUCAGCUGGACAUUGCCAAGCAUGGAAUUACAACUGGACCAUACCGAGUUCAGAUGUGUGGGAGAAACUGAGGAACGGAGUGGGUGCUUAGCCUAUGAACUAUGGGAAAGCCGGGAGAUGAAUAAAGGGAAACAAUAAAGUGGACAGAAAGUUAGCGUGAAUUACACUGUGGCAACGGACAUAUACUGGACUGUUGACACGUGACGCACUUAUCUGUCUCACUGCUACAUUGGUGGUAACUUUUGAAGACUGUUGAAUGGAUGGCAGGACGGAUGGAUAAAAGGACGAAUGAGGACAAAUUAGAAUGAAUGACGCUGAAUAAAUGCACAUUUGUAAGCAGAGGACAACAAAUGCGAUACGUGUGUGUGUGUGUGUGUGUGUGUGUGUGCUUGUGGAGAUAGAUCACAAGGGACUCUGGAAAGGGACCAUAUAGUACCCACAUGAACCCGUGACAACUCACCGCAGGGACUGAAGCUUUAGGAACUGGAAUGUAUAAAAAAAAAAAAAAAAAGCCGCACCAAAAACACCCAACAAAACCACAAAAACCAAACCAGUGGCAACCAAAGAAAACUGGAAACCUACUUCAUGAUUCCUCCUCAUGCCCUGCCUCCCUGGAGGAUGCUACACCCCAAGCUUUUAGGUGUAGAGUGUGAUGAGUGCAGGGGGAGAGCCCGGUGGGAAGGGUGCCUUCUCUAAUAGCAUCGCUAUAGAAACGACCCAGGAGAUGAUGCUCCUGUGUGAUACCGUGGAUACAGAGUGCUGCUACCAGGACACUGUGGAACAAACCAAAGUCUCAUGCAUACACACAGGAGUAAAAUAUUAAAGGGAACA